UUUGCAUUUCUUCCAUCUGGGGUCCGACGACUGUUGCUGGAUGCUUCUCGGCCGCUUUGCUUCGCGCCGCAGCCGCCCACCAUGUUGCGCGCUACCUCUCGCUUACUCGCCUGCCGCAUCACCUUCUUCACGCGAACCCCAUGCAGCCUUUGCGACGAUGCAAAAGCUGUUGUUCAUAAUGUAAAGGCAAAGCGACCGCUCGAGUACCACGAGAUCAAUGUCAUGGAACAGGGCCAGGACAAGUGGAAAGGCUUGUACGAGUUUGAUACCCCAGUGAUCCACAUCGACAAGGCUGGAUCUCAAGAAACUUCAGCAUCAUCGCUUAAGCUCAUGCAUCGCUUCAAGGAAGAAGACGUCGUGAAGCUGAUGGAUCAGGCUGAGCGAGCUUGAGGCUGCACACCCACAACCUAAUCAUUUCUGGAUGCAGUUUGCUCCUUUUUCAUUCUGUCCCAAUAUUAUUAAAAGUUCAUUUCUCACAUCGAAUAUUACAUGAACCUCUUGAUGCAGUCGUUACACAGAUCACGAUGAAUACAUCUCUUGGAGAUGACCAACAAGGAAAAGAAAAUUGGUAUUCAUGUGGACAUCCCUAUGCUCAAUCCCGUAUCAUCAAAUCAGGUUACUCCAGUAGCCAUCCUUUACGAAUAUUUUCCUUCCCCACUGAUCCUUUUGAACAAGAACGG